CUUCAACUUCAACUUCUCCAACAUUCUCCGGUGUUAUUCCUUGCAGAGUCCGUUUGGAAAUCAUUCUGUUAUUUUACGUGUAUCUAGGCCACCAUAUUUGGAUUGACAGCUUGAAGAAUCGUCGGCACCAUACUUCAUACUAUACUAUCCAUUGUUCCUAGCCAUGCCUCCUGAUAUCAACUCCCUUCCCCCCUCCCGCGCGACCUCCCAUUCCCCUUACCAGCCACGCGCGUAUUCGAAUUCAGCGGAGGCUCCAUUGGGCCAAUCGCCUUCCCCUCGUUCUUCUUCAACUUCUCUUGCUGCGGCUGCAACCAUGAACGCAACAGACCGCUCGAGACGUUCUUCAGUUAGUGCCAACCGUGGCUCUCCGCAUGCUACUAGAGUGCACGAGCGCCGCCGGUCCACGGUGCCAAUGAACCUGAAUAUAAAUGACCCGACUUUGCCGGGUCCUGGCGAACUGUCCAGUAGUGACCACCGUUCAUCCAUUGGAAGUUCUUAUAGGACCCACAGCCCAACCAGUAUUGGCGGGAACCCAGCUAUUGCCACUGGGGACCCCCACCACCAACGAACGCCGUCUCUUGGUGAGAUACAUCAGGAGCUAGAGCAGGAGCAGGAAGCGCAGGUGAAUCGACUGCUGCAAAUGAUUCGGAUACAGCAAGCCCAGCUGCAGAGACAACAGCAGCAGCAACAACACCAACAGUCUGCCGCAUCAGGGACUGCCAUCGCUGACGAUUCCACGCCAACAUCUGAGCGUUCCGUAUCUUUCCCUCCCAUACCACCACCGCUACCAACACACAGAUCCUCAACCCAAUUUCCAUCCAAUCUUUCCCGGCGCCGCAGCUCUGGUCAUUCCCCCGCAGUACCUCCCCAUUCGGACCCGGAAACUAAUAUUUGGACUGCCGAUUGGGCGUCGAUGGGUGGAGACGGUAGUGGGCGACGCGGCAGUCGAGACGAAACGUCUUACUACCAAGCAGAAACUGCGAUGUUAACAAGGGAAAAUCAAAUGCUUCGAGUGAGGAUUCGGGAGCUAGAGCGCCAAGUCGCCGAACUAAGCUCAUCAACUGCUCACACGCCAAGCGCCGGAUCUCGCCUAUCGAAUGCAGAGGCCGUACCUCCAACUCCAGCUAGAACCGAAUCAGAGCAGUCAUCCCAAGCACCGCAACCUGCUGAGGAUGUAGAAAAGCCUUGAAACAGGAGCGUCUUUUAUUUCAGCUUUAGUAUGCCGAACAUCGUACCAUCCUGCCACAUGCAAGGAUGCCUAACACAACUGCCCCAAUGUUGAAAUCCGUUGGUUACAUUCGAUAACCAGCCCCUCCAAACACACAACACCCUCUCCCGCAUAACGUUAUCUAUUGCCAAACACAAUAAACAAAAUCUGUUUCGGAUACGUACAUCAACUUCGAUAUCGGGUCGCAGUCUCAAGUACCGUACAAGCCCAAUGCAGAUUUAUGAUUGACCACACGAAUAAAAAUUAUUUAUCGUGAGGCAGAUGGUUGGCAAAUUUAUAGCUUUACGAUCUUUGCCUAGGAGGAAUGAUGCUAUUGCUAUUCCUUUUAGAAGUAAAUGUUUUGUGGGGCGGUGAAGAAAACCGUACAGUGUGUGACUUACCAAUGAUGGCAUAGGGAUAAAAGUCGGUCUCCUCUUCCCUCUUUUUCUUGUACUUACUUCCUUUCUGUUCCUUUAUUCCUCAUGUUAUCGCGUUCAGCGUUCAAAUGUGUACCUAUGACAUACCUCGCUUUGUUUGGCUCUUUUCGUCUUCUUAUUCUUGUCUCUACUCUUCAUUCCGUGUGCCACUUCUCAGGAUGAGUGAUUCACCAAAUUUUGUUUUUUGUUCCUUUCUCGAUUACGAUAUGUAUGUUUUUUUUUUUUUUUUUUUUUUUUUUUUUUUUUUUUUAGCACGGCGAACUUUAUCCUACGUAACUACCUUCGUGAAAACGUGGGAAUGAAGGACCUAAUGACAAUUAUUUGAUGAAACAGCCCUCUUUAUUAUUAUUACCUAUCAUUCAUUAUUAUUACUAUUAUUUCUGAAGUUCAAAAGAAAUAUAAGAAAAGGAUACCCAAGAAUCAUUCACCUAGGUAGGAAAAAUGUUUAAUCCAUUGUGACAACACACAUCACUACCUCCAGGCUUGACAGGUUGCAUUGGGCAUUGG